GCUCAUCCACCUGGUCUGCACGUUCUGGAGAUUAUUCUUCGGGGGCCUCCUGAAGAAGCCGAGCUGCCGUGAGUUCGAGAUGAACGUCGACCCGACGUGUCACGGCUACUUGGCUCACAGGAGGCGGGAGGACGCUAUGCUGGUCAUGCGCUGCGUCGACUACGCGCUGAGGCAGCUGGGGCUUCGAAGAGUGUCGGAGCUGCUCGACAUAUCCAAUGCGUUCGCCUGCACCCCGAUGGAGUGGCUUGACGAGGCGGUCUCAUGGGCACCUGCGAGGCCCGAAAAGGAGUUUGCGGUGGCUUUCAGAGGACCUGUGCAACGAUGGCGAGAUGAAUGUUCUGCACAGGACGACUUGCUCAAGUUUAAGACCCCCGUCCUGGAGUUGCCUGUCUCGUGCGCGGUGGUUCAGUUCGCCGACGACUUGAUGACAGAGCACGUGAUACUCACUUUCCUGACGUCGGAUGCUCAGGCGACCAUCAAAAAGAGCCAGACCAUCUUGAUCAACGAGCUCGAGAAAGGGGGCUUCAAGCAGAACAUGAAGAAGCGCGAGUUGGUCACCGAGCUCAAGCCGACCGAGAACCUCAAGUUUAAAGCUCAGUUGGCGAAUGGUUCGAUCCGUAUUACACCACAUGCUCGGCAUCUUGGUGGGCGGUACGUGUGGAACGACAAUGCGAAUGUUGAGGUCGGCUAUCGCAUCGACGCGCUGAAGAAGGGCUGGCUUGAUCUGGGCAGGUUCUGGCUCGCGAAGG